AUGAUUGUAGAAACUUAUGGUGAACGUUAUAUUAGUGAAAGAACGUGUCGGGAAUGGUUUCAUAAGUUUAAAAAUGGUGAAUAUGACGUAGAAGACAAGGACCCGUGAAAAAGUUCGAGGAUUCGAAAUUGGAAACUUUGUUAGAUGCAGAUUCUUGUAGAACGCAACGGGAACUUGCAAAUUUAUUGGGCGUGACUCAGCAUGCCAUUUCUCAUCGCUUAAAAUGCUUAGGAAUGAUCCAAAAACUGGGGCAUUGGGUGCCGUACGAGUUGAAGCCGAGGGACAUUGAACGGCGCCUUUUCACAUGCGAACAACUCCAACAGCAAAACAGAAAGGGUUUUUUGCAUCGCAUCGUGAUUGGCGAUGAAAAGUGGAUACACUAUGAAAACCCGAAGCGGAAAAAAUCGUGGGAGCUUCCCGGCCAUUCAUCAACUUCGACAGCGAAACCAAACAUUCAUGGCUCGAAGCUGAUGCUGUGUAUUUGGUGGGACAAGCUUGACGUAGUGUGCUACGAACUCUUGCAACCAGGCGAAACCAUUACAGGAGCCCUCUAUCGGACGCAACUUAUACGUUUGAGUCGAGCGUUGAAGGAAAAACGCCCGCAAUACUCGGAAAGACACGAUAAGAUAAUACUUCUGCAUGAUAACGCUCGGCCGCAUGUUUCCAAGGUCGUGAAAACAUACCUGGAAACUUUGAAAUCGGACAUACUACCCCACCCGCCGUACUCCCCUGACAUCGCCCCUUCUGAUUUCUACUUAUUCCGAGUGACGACGCAUGAUCUGACCGAACAGCACUUUCGUUCUUACGCCGAAGCCAAAAAUUGGAUCGAUUCAUGGAUCGUGUCAAAAGACGAACAAUUUUUUCAGAAGCUGCCACAAAAAUGGCAGAAAGUUGUGGCUAGUGAUGGAAAGUAUUUUGAAGAAUGA